UGGGGAGGUUGAGCGAAUAACACCCCUGUGUUUCAGUGAUCCCGGUCUCUCACAGGCGAAUAUGAAGUUGGUUGUUGUGGGAGUUGACAUGACUCGGCCCGAAAACCUGCACCCAAUAGCCGAGCAGGAGGACAGUGAGUGCAUCACCAGUCAAAUCAUACCGUUGAAAGGCCUAUAUGCAGAGUUAACAGCCAUGCAGGCACAGGCCGGUGUAGAAGUAGACGCUCGGUUGCUUCAUCUUGCCCUUGGAUUGGACAUGGGGUCACUCUAAAUGCACAGCGCGAUGACCAGAGACUGCUGUGCUUGAAUGGGAGCACUUGACCUACACUGGAACUCUCUCUCUCUCUCCCACUCACUCACUCACAUAUACAUACUUACAUACAUGCAUGCAUACUU